AGGUGACACGGCCUCCAACCUGGGCAGCGCCGUGGACGAGCUGAUGCGGCACCAGCCCACCCUCAAAACCGACGCCACCACCGCCAUCAUCAAGCUGCUGGAGGAGAUCUGCAGCCUGGGCCGGGACCCCAAGUACAUCUGCCAGAAGCCCUCGAUGCAGAAGGGGGAGGGGGCGGGGGCCGCGCCCCCCCCGCGCUCCCCCCACGCCGCCGAGGAGGCCUCGAGCGAGGACGAGGAGGAGGAGGAGGUUCAGGCCAUGCAGAGCUUCGGGGCCGCCCAGCAGAGCGAGGCCGAGCCCACCCAGACGUGAGUGGGGGGUCCCUG